AGGAUGGGCUUCAUCAGUUGAUUCAGUGACAGUGAGGAACAAAAGGGAACACACGAAUCUUAUCUGUAUGUGGUGUGACGGAUUGGGAGGAAGGAGCCUCCCGAUUUAAGACUAGCAGUCUCGCGCGCAGGUUGCAAUACUCCCCUCAAGUCCGGUUCCAAAAUUCUCAUGUGGGCGUUUCAAUCUCCCCGAACAUUCCAACUCCCUCUCCUGCCAAAACAGUCAUUCCAAACUCCUCUCUCUUCAAAGCACUCCUCUGUUUCUUUACAGAGUUCUAACAUUAACCAGAUAGUUCAAUCAUUAUGCAGACAAGGCAACCUCAAGCAAGCUCUUCAAAUACUUCCCAAUGAACCCAACCCCACCCAACACACGUACGAGCUUUUAAUCCUCUCUUGCUCGCGUCGUAAGUCUCUCUCGGAUGCCAUUACGGUACACCGUCAAAUUGUCGACGAUGGGUUUGAUCAAGACCCUUUCCUCGCUACCAAACUCAUUAAUAUGUACUCGGACCUGGACUCCAUCGAGAAUGCCCGAUAUGUGUUCGAUAAAACCCAUAACAAAACGAUAUUUGUGUGGAACGCAAUUAUUAGGGCGCUUGCAUUAGCGGGUCAGGGAGAUGAGGCUCUCUCUCUCUACUAUUGGAUGAACCAAAUUGGCGUUCCUUCGGAUCGGUUCACUUACCCUUACGUACUAAAGGCUUGUGUCACUUCGUCGCUCCCUGUUUCUCUUCUCCGGAGGGUCCAAGAAAUUCAUGCCCACAUUGUACGACAUGGGCUUGAAUCUCACGUUCAUGUUGCGACUACGUUGGUAGAUGCUUAUGCGAAAUUUGGGUGUGUGUCUUAUGCGUGUCGUGUGUUUGAUGAAAUGCCAGAGAGAAAUGUAGUUUCUUGGAGUGCCAUGAUUGCAUGCUAUGCAAAGAAUGGGAGAUCUUUUGAGGCGUUGGACCUAUUUCAUGAAAUGAUGACCAGAACCCAUGAUGCAAUUCCCAAUUCAGUGACAAUGGUUAGUGUGCUUCAAGCUUGUGCAUCUAUUGCUUCUUUGGGACAAGGGAAGUUGAUGCACGGAUAUGUCCUAAGAAGAGGUCUUGAUUCUAUCCUGACAGUUAUCAAUGCGUUGGUGUCAAUGUAUGCGAAAUGCGGUAGUCUAAAGAUUGGCCGUCACAUCUUUGAUAGGAUGGGAAAGAGGGAUGUUGUAUCUUGGAAUUCUAUGAUCUCAGGAUAUGGGAUUCAUGGGUAUGGUGAGGAAGCAAUUCAGGUUUUCAACCAGAUGAUCACUACUGGGAUCUCACCAAAUUCCAUUACAUUUGUCAGUGUGUUGGGAGCUUGCAGUCAUGUUGGGCUUGUCAAUGAGGGGAAGAGAUUGUUCCAGUCUAUGAUUCAAGAAUAUAGAAUUUUUCCUAGUGCAGAGCAUUAUGCUUGCAUGGUGGAUAUUCUAGGCCGUGCUGGUCACUUGGACGAAGCUGCCAAAGUGGUAGAAGAUAUGCGGAUUGAACCGGGUCCCACAGUGUGGGGUUCUCUCCUUGGUGCAUGUAGGAUUCACUGCAAUGUUGAACUUGCAGAGAGAGCAUGUCUUCGGCUCUUUGAGCUUGAGCCCAAGAAUGCAGGGAACUAUGUACUUUUGGCAGAUAUCUAUGCAGAAGCUAAGAUGUGGGAGGAGAUGAAUAAAGUGAAGAAGCUUUUAGAAGCCAAGGGGCUGCAAAAAGUUCCAGGUUGCAGUUGGAUCGAAAUUAAGAAGAAAAUCUAUGCAUUCAUGUCUGUUGAUGAGUUGAACCCGCAAAUUGAACAGCUGCAUGCUUUGCUGGUCCAAUUAUCAGCAGAGAUGAAGGAUAGGGGUUAUAUUCCAGACACCAAGGUUGUCCUCUAUGAGCUUGAUCAAACAGAGAAAGAGCAAAUCAUAUUGGGCCAUAGUGAGAAAUUGGCAGUUGCCUUUGGGCUUAUCAAUAGCAACUAUGGUGAAACCAUCCGGAUAACCAAGAACCUGAGGUUGUGUGAAGAUUGUCAUUCUGUGACAAAGUUCAUUUCCAAGUUUGCAAAUAGAGAAAUUCUUGUUAGGGAUGUUAACCGCUUCCACCAUUUCAAAGAUGGGGUUUGUUCAUGUGGGGAUUACUGGUAAACUCACAUAAGGUUUAGUCCUAUAUGGUUUGAGCCUAAAUUGGGGAAAAGAUGCGUUUAAGGCCUUAUUUGUCAGUGCCACUACUACUAAAGAAUAGAUAAAUAUGCAUGAUUCUCAUAAAGUACUUGGAAGGCUUUGAUGGACCCAUCUUGGGAGGAUAGGCAUAUUUUGAAGGAAGAAAAGAGGAUAUUCAUGGUACAAACAUUUCAUAAGUUCAUUAGUGGGGAAACUGCACCCUUGAAGGAGGGAAAGAUUUGGGGAUCCCAUAUCUCCUUACAAUGGAAAUUCGCAUGUGGUAGGUUACUCUUGGGAAUAUUUUCAUGGUAGAUAAGGUAAAAAUGUGUAAUAUCAGAUUGGUAGUUCAAUGUGCUCUAUUCAGGUCAAGGGGAGAAGAUUGCAUGCAUGUGUUUGUUGAAUCUUGCGGUUCUUUUUCUUCAUCUUCAAGGUUUAUUAGUAGUUCUCUCAUCACCUCUUCAGAUAAUUUACCAUUAGCCAGGAUAAAAUUAAAGGAGAAAGGAUUAAUUCCAUGGAAGAUUACCCCUUUGUUGUUGCCUGGGGUUUAUAGAAGAAGAAAAAAAAAAACUGGAGGAUCUUUCAGGAUAGGUCAAGACCCAUUAACAGAAAGUGAAGAGACAGAGAUAUUACUGCUUUCGUUUUCUUUUUGUUUUUUAGUGGAAUGGUCAACAUGGUAAUUUUGUAUCAAAUGUGUAUAUCCUUCUUUCUUGGAUCCAUGACUUCAAUGGUGGAUCUGUAUGCAAAUUCUCUGUAAUGCUUUAACUUUUUAUGUACUUAAUAUAAUUUCUUAA